AUGGGGCGUAUGCAUUCGAGAGGUAAGGGAAUCUCAGCUUCUGCUUUGCCGUACAAGCGGUCAUCUCCGAGUUGGCUCAAAACAACUGCUCAGGAUGUUGAUGAGUCCAUUUGCAAGUUUGCAAAGAAGGGUUUGACUCCAUCUCAGAUUGGUGUCAUUCUUCGUGACUCUCACGGAAUCCCACAGGUGAAGAGCGUUACCGGAAACAAGAUUCUGAGAAUUCUCAAAGCUCAUGGUCUUGCUCCUGAGAUCCCUGAGGAUCUGUAUCACUUGAUCAAGAAAGCAGUUGCUAUUCGCAAGCAUCUUGAGAGGAACAGGAAAGACAAGGACUCCAAGUUCAGGUUGAUUCUUGUUGAGAGCAGAAUCCACCGUCUUGCCCGUUAUUACAAGAAGACCAAGAAGCUCCCACCCGUCUGGAAGUACGAGUCCACUACCGCAAGCACUCUUGUGGCUUAA